CCAUUUUGUUUGGGCAAGCUUCACGCUUUUCUGUUUUCGUUAGCUUCUGUUUCUUCAGACUCCAACUUCCUGAUGGGUUUUUGAAAUGCUUUAGAAAUUUUCGAACUUUUGUUUGACGGGGAAGAAGAAGAAGAGGAGGAGAGUAAUGGCUUGCCGGUGAGGCUUGCCGGAGUCGAUGACGAGUUGCAGAGGAUCUUGGGGUUGACCAUAUUUUGUUUAAAGGAAUUGCAAGAAAGUUCGUAUUAUCUAUAUACGGAGUUUUUGCAAUGAAUUAUUCAGGAUUUGGCAUGUCAGAAGGUCUUCAUGGCUAUAUUCUCAACUUUGGCAAGCUUGUUGAUGAUGUUAUUGAGCUAUGCUCAAAAUUAAAGGUGUGGUUUUCUUGAAUCUUUUCUACGGAAACUUGGUAGUGGGAUAUUUUAUUAGGAGAGUUCUUAGUACUCUCAGGUGCUAGCAGAUUCUAUCAAGGAGUUCACUAGACUGAAAAUUUGAUAGGUAGCUCUGGGGUGUGUUGGUCGCCUUGUUAAUGACUACGGGGUUCCAAGUUAGUAGUUUAGGCAAAACUGUUAAUGUUACUCUCAAACUGUUAUAUCAAACAUACCCUUAAUCUCUCUUACUGUCAUCCGGAUAAGGAAAAUUAUGAUGAUGGAAUGUAUACAGGGUGGAGGGGUUGAUUUCUCUUCGUUUGAAUUUAAUUGUCUUCCUAUUGAUUACAAAUCUUCUUAAUAUCCUUUCUUCCAUUUUAAUUUUAAGGUGAAAUUGAAUCAAUUGCCUCUGUUCUCCUUUCUAUGUUUCAUAUAUCUGUUUUUGCAUCAGAUCCUCCUCAGGCUUGUAUAUUAGUUAUGUUUAUACUUAGUUAUGCCCUGUCCAUCUUCAGGGCUGAUUCAGAAUAAACUCGCAUGAUGGUUAAUUAAAUCAUUUAAUUCAUGUUUGUGACUAUGUAUAUAUUAACCUAUGAUUUUAGGUUUCAUUGCCAAUCUUAAUCCUGCAUGGAUGUUGUGACAUGAUGAAGAGGCUUUCCAGCAGCUGCUUGGGAGGUAGGGUGGCCGGUGGCUACCGUCGGUGGGGAAUGGGCUACAAUUU